UUUGCGUAUUUCUGCAACAUUUGCGUACUUAGAACUGCAGAUUGGUGCCGGAGGAAAAACCAACCUUUCGUAACUGCUUUUCAAUUUCGAUUAGCACCACCACUGUAACAUAACGAAAAGAAUGUGGCCUACCGUAACAGCUGAGUGGAGGAUAGCAGGCUGAUAAUCGUCGUUCGCCGUCGUCCGAGCCCAUGUUUAUCGCGUGCUGCGGAAAUGUUUAUGAUAAAACGGUGUACAUUGGUGUGCGCGUCCCACAUGUUGCGCCACUCGCAAGCGCCACCACACCCCGGCCCGGAACGAUCUAAAAUAAAUGUGCUAGUGACGCUUGCCACGGGACAGUCGCAGUGAAGGAAAUACGCUAGUUUACUGUUUACGUUUUUAUUUGCGUUUGUGUUCCAUUACUUUUGUUUAUUUACAUGUUGGUAUGAUCGGAGAGUCGGUGUUUUCGAAAACAUGGGAAGAACGCGAUCUUCGUAUGGUUACGGACGAGAUUUGCAAAUGAUUCUAUGCAGCUUUCGAUGCAAAAAGCAGAAAAUCACUGAAAUUGUAUGUUAUUUCAGGGUUUUAUUGAAUUCACUUAAAAUAUCGUAUUGGAACCAAGUUCUUUCUGUAUGCCUACUAUUGGAUAAAUGUAUUUUAUUUAAAACUAAAUCGGAUAAAUAUAUUACAAUAUUAUACAUAACAUGAAACAUACCCACCCGUCGAAAAAAACCAGCUUCAAUUGAAAGUGCCGCUAAGUAACACUCUGCCACAUUUUUCACAAAAACCCCCAGUGUUGUUCUGUAAACAAGUAAAAAAUAGUAACCCGCUUCUUCGGUUUGCCGCUCAUAAUUUCCCACUCCAUUGCCGAGUAUCAUUUCCAUCCUUUGGAUCUAUUUUCGUUCAACACGGCUUAGGUCUCACGUCAUAAGCAAUCGAGUGCAAAACCGUGGUUUGUCCACGAACCACCCUCCCUGGUAGAUGAUUUAGAUGAAAUGAGGGGUUUUAGAAUAAAUCUAAACCGUAAUGGUGGUCUAGCGGAAAUUUCACGGUCUAUCGAAAUAAUCCACUGGCCGUUUUCUGCUGUGAUAUUUUCGGCCAGUCAGGGGUAAAAAAAUGUAUAUGUUUCUUCCUCUCGGAACGGCAUUAACUGCGAUGAACCGGAAGAACGGUUGUGGAAUUCUUUCAAGAAAAUCUGCACCAUGACUCAAGUGUUUUCUUCACCGUCCGGUUCAGAUUAUGGACAAGUGAGUGUUGGUUUUUGAAGACUUUCCGUUUGGCAUGGAAGGAAUUUAUUUGUUUCAAUGUAACAAAAUUUGCUUUUGGUAAAUGCUAAAUUAAUAGUUAACUAUUAACUAAAUUAAUUAUUAUUAUGUUUUUUUUGCUCGGUUAGAACGGCUUGGCCGUAUCAAGACUUAUUUUACCACGUAGCAGGAUAGCCAGUCCAUGCUCCGGGGAACGGUCCGGAUGGGAUUUGAACCCGGUCCUGCCAUGUGGACGGGCGCCGUUUAUCACAUGCACCACCAGGCAGCCCCAAAUUAAUUAUUUAUUAUUAUUAAUGAUUAAUUAUUUAGUAACGAAACUAGUAUAAAUUUUAAUCAAAUUGAAUAUGAUUGUUUUCUAUAUCGUAUAGAACGAUUAAUGAUAAUUUUUUUAAAUAUUUAUUAGACUACCCUAAAACAUGAAGAUAAUGCAAUUAUUUAUAAAAACAGAAUAUGUUUAUAAAUUUUAAAACAAAAACGCAUUAUAACAUUCGAACCUGGAUCUAAUAUUUUUUAUAAUAUCAUCUAGUACAGUGUGCUUAUAGCAAGAACUGAAGUACUCCAGCUACUAUCUUUCAAUGUGAUCCACGUGCAAUUUCAAAGUGCCGAAUGUAUUCAUCUAUAUUAUCGACUACAGUGUGAAGGAGUGUAAACGUAGCUUUUAAAUACAGAAACAAGACGGUCUAAUUUGCGCAAUGAUAUACGAACUAAACAUACCGACACCGAUGGCUUUUGAAAGAUAUUCCAGAACGAUGCAGGAACGGAUAGAAGAUGAUAUUCUUUCGGGUGAGUAGCACUUCAGUAGAUUGGUAGAUUAGAUUUAUUUUGUGUAAUUAUUUAUAUAUUAUAAUUAUUAUCUUUUUACAAAAUUCCAAAACGUUUACAACAACCACUUAACAAACCAGAUUAACAAAACCAACGAAAAUUAUUAUUACAUUUUUAAUAACAUAAAUAAAUAACAAUAAAUGUAUAAAGCUUUUUGUAACGUUCUAUUUUUGAUGUUUUAUAAAUUACCCACCAGAAGCAUAUAUUGGCAUAUAUUUUGCAAACCAGAUUUAACCUUUCCACAUUAUGAAUGCAUUAAUUUAAUUUUAAUUUAAAUCACAACAGCGAAGGCAAUUUUGCAUUUGCAUACAUCAAUUGCCACAUAAAUAAAGUCAUUACGCUAAUGGACUAAACGAUCGGCUUGAAAAAGGUGCACCAAGGUUACCUUCCGUGGCUUUAACCUGUUCGACUAAAAACUUGACUUCCAUUCAGCUAUAUUCAGCAAGAAAGUUGAUUAUGUCACGCGCACCUCAGCCGGCGAACGGAACAUAAAAGGAUGCAACAAUGGCAAUCUAGAUAUUCACGUGUAACGUCAAUGUUUCGUACUGCCGGCAGGGAAAAAGGGCGUACGGCGUAAGAAAGAAGAAAGGGGGGGGAAAAAUGGUAAACUUUUACCUCGUACUCCGGUACGGAUGCAACCAGACUAGAUCAAGUGCCCCCUUAAGCGCACCUUUGGCGGGAUUGAUUCAAUUUACGAACCCAGCUCAACGUUGUUGUUUAUACGUAGACGCUAAAAGAUGAUGAUAAAGUACGUGAGAGCAGCAGCAGCAGCGAAAAAGCCCUUUCGAUAUCCCCCCUCGUCUCGGGACGUCUCACAUCAUGUGGAGUUCUGGCUUUUAACUUUAAAUAUUACAGCACGGGUAGCGCUCUCAUUUGCAUAGAUAAUACUAAUUAGCCGCCGGCUGCUGAUUAUGAUGGAUGAAACUUGGCACUCCGUAUUGGAAGGUCGCAUAAUAUAAGUCUUCUGAAAAGAAGAAAAAAUUUUUCGCCUGCAAGCAUACAGGUGUUUGCAUGAUGUUAGCGAAAACGGGUUCAAUUUUACACCCAGAAGCAAAAGAUUGGUUGUUGCUAAUAACGCAACAGCACUGUUGCCAUUCGAUAACAAUGAGCAUUAUUCCCAUUGAUAAUGUUUGUUUAUCUAUCGUGCUUUACGGAAAUAUUAAAAACAAUCACUAUUAGAUCAAUAACCCACUACUUCUAUAGUAUAGUGUAGUACGUUGUCUGGCCGAUUGCCGAAUGCCACUCCAACCGACCGGUUGGGUUAGGUAAAUAAUCAUUCAACAACAGUUAUGAAUGGAACCUCUAUCGAAUUCGUCGGAGCUACCGUGACCCUGGCCUUGUAGACCAGCGACCUUAAAGUGACCUCAUUGUGCCGGUUGUGUUAAGGAUUCCGUGGCUGCGCUGUCAGAGGUUGCUUCAAAGGCUGCGUUCCGAAUGUGGAGCUUAUGCUAGACAACGCCAGUUUGUUUAUCCUUACAUACCAUACCAUUGUAGCUGCCGGUAGCUUUGUGGUAAUAAAGCAUGCAACAACUUAACAAAAAAGAAGAAAAAAUCAAACAAACAAAAAAAUACAACACACCCGAACUGCCCCAAGCACGUGUUGCUGGCGAAGUGCGCUUUUUACACACUAUUCCAAAUCCGCCGUAGGUCGCGUUCUCACUGCGGUACGAACUGCGCAGGCGAAUGGUUUCGUAAAAUCCGAAGCCCCACAUACACACGCACACACCGCAUCUCCAUGGAGCCCGCGCGCUGCAAUGCUUGAAACCAACCCCAACAGCUUACCUAAAACCAGCGUGCAACAGUUCCUCGGUCUUGUCUGGCUGGCUCGGUUCGGUUUUGUGCCGAACCUGUUUUGCGGCGCCACAUCGUGUGCACGAAAAAUUUCAAAUGAAAAUUAUGAAAUGAAUUAAAAAGUGGCGGUAUGUGAAAGUGAGAAAAAAAAAGUAUUGCUUUGUUAUUUAUACCUACAACAAGCACAAUCGUUUUGUACAACAUUACUUCAUGUGUGUGUCCUGUGUAUGCAGCAUUAAACAGUAAAAACGGUUUUCCAUUCAGUACUAGCGCCCGCGAUUCGCUGUGAUAGUGUGCAAUGGAUAAAUUAGAGAUAGAGCCGAACGAGGAUGAUGACGACGACAAGGCAGAUGAUGUUGUUGCAGAAAACUCGCAUCUAGAUGACCUCUACACAAGAUAUCGGCAACGACUUCGAAGAUCGUUGUUUAUCACCGGACUGGGAAUUUCGAUACUUUCCUGCAUCACUUCUAUCGUCCUCUGUGCGCUUCACGAUGCGAUUCUGGCCGAUCUAGCUCUGCUGGCUGGUGCAUCCGUAGUACUAUGUGGGAUACUGGUGGCUUUGCAAUUCCCUGCAGUGAUGAACUCGCCCCUGGCUGCACUUUCCUUUGCGAUUCUAACGACCGGUACGAUUGGUGCAAUCUCCACGUUUGUCGGAACUCAGCUCGCUCCGUUGCCACUGUUUGCACUGAUACUCGGUGUACACACGAUGCUACCAAUUUCUUGGCCCGUGUCGGUGGUGCUUGCCGUGCUGCUUUGCAUCGUCCACAUUGGGUAUCGCAUCCUAUCACAGGUCUACGACUUUCCACCGACAUUCUUUCCCCAGCUGCUGGCGGAAACCGUGUUCCUAGCGUCGGCUUCCGUUUCCAGUCUCUACUACCGUAUCAUGUCCGAUGCGGCCCAUAUCGAUGCAGUGGACGGUACGAGAACGGGGAUUGAGCAACGGGUGAAGUUGGAAUGUGAACGAGAACAGCAGGAGCAGCUCCUGCUGAGUGUCAUACCGGCCUACAUUGCGGCGGAGGUGAAGCGUAGCAUCAUGCUGAAGAUGGCCGACGCCUGCCAGCGUGCCGGCGGCCAGACCCAGACCAGAUUCCACGAAAUGCACGUGCAGCGACACAACAACGUGUCCAUUCUGUAUGCGGACAUCGUCAACUUUACGCCACUGUCCGAGCAGUUGACAGCAUCCGAUCUGGUUAAGACACUAAAUGAAUUAUUCGGACGAUUUGAUCAGAUCGCACAAGAAAAUCAAUGUCUUAGAAUAAAGAUUCUUGGCGAUUGCUACUACUGCGUGUCUGGAUUGCCUGUGUCUAGACCACAUCAUGCGGCUAACUGUGUCAACAUGGGGCUACAAAUGAUAGAUGCAAUACGAUUCGUGCGGGAGGCGACCGGCUUCAAUGUGGACAUGCGAAUCGGUAUACACACCGGUAACGUCCUGUGCGGUGUGCUGGGUUUGCGGAAGUGGCAGUUCGACGUUUGGAGCGAUGACGUGACCCUGGCCAACCAUAUGGAAAGUGGCGGCGUCGCAGGCCGAGUACACAUCACAAAGGCAACGCUGGAUUAUCUAGGCGACAUGUUCGAGGUGGAACCGGGCGGUGGUGCCUCCAGAGAGUCCUACUUGGCGGAUCAUAAAAUUGAAACAUAUCUUAUCGUGCCACCGAAGAAACCUGCAACCGAUUUGGGUAAGCCAACAACCACCGACUCACACACGCCCACCUCGAACCUGGGUACUCCCUCACCUACGGCGAUGGUGCAAAUCAACGAGCCCGAGCAAGAGCACCUGCUUCCGGUCUUGGAGCCUCCGAAAACACCGAAAACUCCACGGACCCCCAAAACUCCGGAUGAUAUGCGGCGCUCGCACACCUCCAUCUCGCCUGUUACUAUACCAGAGGAACAGGAACAACUGCUGCCACCAUCAUCUCCGGCCAAUAUUGCUUCCGGUGGGCACGGACUGGUUCCACCGCCAUCACCAAACUCCAAGCAAACCGUACAAAUCAACCCGCCCACCAUUAACGAGGAGACGCUGGAUAACGACGGUACAGCGGACGAUGACACUGGUGAAGCGGACGAGGGAGAAUUAAGGAAGAAAUCUUGCCUGACGCUUCCCGUCGAACCAAUUACCACCAACGGACACCUUCCGGAGCGUGUCGGAAGUCGCAAGCUCUCGGUACAAGGAUUGAUUGCUUUUGCCGAACGGCGAAAAUCAUCAAGUUCUAUUUUCGGCGACAUGCGCAAAAUGUCAAUUUCCAACAUUGAUUGUCUCCGGUCGCCCAUGGUAGCGACACCGGGGGGACCAUUGGUACGCACACGCCCUUCAUCUAAGAUGACAAAGUACGUCGAGUGUUGGGGUGCAGAUAAACCGUUCGCAAACAUCACCGACUCCAAGAUGGCAAAGAACAUUGGGUUGGCGAGUAUUGCGAUGAUCGAGUCUAAUCUGCUCCCGGAAGAUGGGUACUGCGGUGAAUGCAAGUGCUGGGGUCCACCAAAGGAACUGCAACCCGUCACUAUGUGGUAUAGAAAUACGGCCCGAGAAACCCUGUUUCGUGCACAACCCGAGCCCACGUUUCGCUUUGAUCUCAUCUGCUCCUUCAUUCUUUUCCUGACCAUAGGACUGAUUCAAGUAAUAGUAUUUAAAAGCAAUGUAGUCGUUAUUGGUUCACUCAGUGCAACAGCUGUAGCUUUAGGAUUGUUUUUAUACUUAAGCAACUACCAGAUGUCGAACAUUUCGCCGCCGGGUAACAACGGCCCAGGACAGGUCAUCGCUGCCAGCCGUGGUCUUCGUUUAGCAAUAUUCCUCAUUGCCACCGCUCUCAUUGCGAGCUGUGCCAUUUUCAGUGUGAUAAACUUUGACGAUUUAGUUAUAGCCGACAUACAUUUUGUGAACAACACCACCGAGGAUAUCAUGUACGACGACGAGUUUGCUCCGGUUGCUCCCGUCUACCUCUAUAUGUGCGCAAUCAGUCUAGCAGCUGUGUCCGCUUUUCUAAAAGCAGGUUUUCUUGUCAAGGGAUUGCUGAUGGCACUAUUCGUUGCUGUUCAGUCCUCGAUCUUAUGGACAAGCUCUCUCUUUGAGGCAUAUGGGAUAUUGGACAAUUCAUGGCCUUUAGGAUUUCAAGGCUUUUUAUUCCUAUUACUGAUAAGUGCGGUGUUGCACACACUCGAUCGCCAAGGUGAAUAUGUCGCUCGAACGGACUUCCUGUGGAAGGCGAAGCUCAAGGUUGAACAGGAAGAGGUCGAAACUAUGCGCGGAAUCAAUAAGAUUUUAUUGGAAAACAUAUUGCCCGCACACGUCGCCCAGCACUUUCUCAAGAAGGAACGUGCCGUGCAGGAGCUUUAUCACGAGAGCUACUCGUCUGUUGCGGUCAUGUUUGCCUCGAUACCGAACUACAAGGAGUUCUACGAUGAAACGGAUGUGAACAAGCAAGGGCUCGAGUGCUUACGGUUACUGAACGAGAUUAUCUGCGACUUUGACAAGCUUCUGCUCAAGCCAAAGUUCAGCGGUAUCGAGAAGAUAAAAACCAUCGGAAGUACCUACAUGAUUGCAUCCGGACUGCGCCCCGGCAAAGAGGAAGGGGCCACGAAAAAUAAUGAGCUGGAUGAAAAGCGCACCGAGGAGCAUAAUGUGGUCGUGCUGGUGGAGUUUGCCAUCGCUCUCAUGACGGCAUUGGAUCAAAUAAAUCGUGAAUCAUUCCAACGAUUCCGGCUGCGGAUCGGCCUCAACCAUGGUCCAGUGAUUGCCGGUGUCAUUGGAGCCCAAAAGCCGCAGUACGACAUCUGGAGCAACACGGUUAACGUGGCGUCCCGAAUGGAUUCGUGUGGGGUGAUGGGCCGUGUGCAGGUGACGGAAAAUACGGCCAAAGUCCUUAUGGCAGCCGGCUAUUCGUGCGAUUGUCGUGGACCGAUUCAUGUAAAAGGCAAAGGAAUUCUUACGACAUACUACGUCAAAACACCAUUCGAUGAACGUAUUUAAGUGUAGUUCUGAUAAUAUGUGCCAAAAGACAGUGUUGCUGUAAAAAGCGUAACCAUACACCAAAGACACAAAACACACAAAAACACAAAACCCGUCGUAUUCAGUAUUACGAAGCAACGCGAUGAUUUUAGAAUAGCAGUGAGACAAACAAACUCUCCGUACCAGCCGUCAACGGCUUUGUCGUUCAUAUCAUGUACCUUGCAAAUGCAUUGAACAACCCGUCAUGUUUAAUCGAUAUUGGUGAAAUAGUUCUACAAUAUUGGUGUAAGCGUUGCAAUUCAUAUUUGCAAUAAAUGUUUCACACAGGAUAAAUUAUACCUCCAUACAUAUUCACCACCGACUAAACGUGCUUUUAACAGAUUGGAAUUUCAAAUUUAUGCCGGCAUUUGUUUGCUCUAUUUAAUUUACAUUUUCGAACAACAACAAUCAUACGGUAAUUGUGAAACACAACAUCUACACGUUUUAUGUAAAUGCUUUAAUAUGCUUUAUGGAACAAAACUUUCGACAAAAAUUUUCCUACAAAUAUAGUGUGGCCGUCAUACAUGCAAUGCUUCGAUUCCAUCAUACCUAAAGCCAAAUAAAUUUAUCCUUUACAAAAGUCAGAUGUUGUGCUGUAAAGUUAAGAAAGUA